GCCCAUUACACUGCCCCAUUUCAAAGUAGCAGCUAAAACCGGUUAACUCCACUACCAGUUUCCCCAAUCUCUGAUCGGAUUCUGCAAUCGACUCUGAUCUCCGUUUCCUAAUCCGACGACAAUGUUCCGACACGGUUCUCGAUUCCUCUCCCGCGCCUCCACGAUGAGGUGGCGCCGCCCAUUUUCGACCGACCUGCCCGCGGAAGCCUCUAAAGAUUCCAACUUUGUGGAGGCAUGGAGGAAAGCAAUUCCCACCGUUGAACCACCAAGCACUCCCUCGGCAUUCAUGGCUAUAAGGCCCGCAACUCCAUCAUCCAUUCCCUCCAAGCUCACUGUCAAUUUUGUCCUUCCUUACUCUUCUGAACUCUCCGGCAAAGAGGUUGACAUGGUUAUAAUCCCUGCAACUACGGGACAGAUGGGUGUCUUGCCUGGGCAUGUGGCAACAAUUGCUGAGCUAAAGCCUGGUAUCUUAUCAGUUCAUGAAGGCAACGACGUCUCAAAGUAUUUUGUGAGUGGUGGGUUUGCAUAUGUUCAUGCAAAUUCUUUUGCAGAUAUAAUUGCUGUUGAAGCUGUACCACUUGACCGCAUCGAUCCCAAUUUGGUUCAAAAGGGCCUGACCGACUUUACACAGAAAUUGAGCACUGCAUCAACUGAUGUAGAGAAAGCUGAAGCCCAGAUUGGCGUUGAUGUACAUAGUGCGCUUAAUGCUGCACUUACUGGUUAAACAGGUGGAGCUUUAUAUUUGUCCUUGUUCAGCAUACUUUCUACUUCUUUGUGCCUGCUUGAUUGUAGUCGCCACCCUUUUAUAUAAAGCUGCUUUCAACAAUUUUACCUGGAAGAGGUAUGUCGCUACCUGUUUUAACCCCUGCAUCACUUGAAUAAACAUUCCUUAGAUAAGAUUUCCUUCCAUAUACAUGGUUGGUUAAUUGCCGUGUUGGCUGUACUUCUAAACUGCAUUUUUGAGAAAUAGAUUUAUUCAAAAA